ACGCUGUGAGGGGAAACAUGGCGGCGCUGGGGCGGUUGUUUCUGAGCACUCCCCCAACAAGCCUGGUUGCUGUCAGAUGUGCUUCUAAGAAAAGUGGAGGCAGCACAAAAAAUUUAGGUGGCCGCAGCCCUGGGAAACGCUACGGAUUCAAAAAAGUGGAAGGUGAAUUUGUGCAUGCAGGCAACAUUUUGGCCACACAGAGGUUGAUACGCUGGCAUCCAGGGGCUCAUGUGGGGAUGGGCCGGAACAAGACACUGUACGCCCUGGAGGAUGGGAUUGUGAGGUACACCAAAGAGGUUUAUGUACCUCUGCCCCGCAGCACCGAGAGCAGGGAGGUGAUCUGCCGCCUGCCCAAAGGAGCCAUCCUGUACAAAACCUUCAUCAAUGUUAUCCCUACCACAGAAGUAGGAAGCUUUAAACUCGUCAGCAUGCUCUGAGCAUCGUGCCUCACGGAGUAACCACUCCCAUUGGACUGGCAUCCAAGGACAGCAAUAUCUGUCUCAGGAGAUACCAGCGUAGGACUUUGUUUUCUCACUCCUAAAGCACGUGGAGUCAGUGUUGAGGCACUGGGCUUACCUGCCCACGUUUGUAAGUGUGUAAUAAAUGUGGUGGGGCUGCUGAGGGCUUGGCUGUUCAUAGAACGUGUUAUUUGUGUCCAGGGAGUAGCUGGAGCUGCCUCCCGUGGGAGAUCCUCUUCCCUUGUGCCCACGGCAUGAGUUCUCUCUGCAAUCAUUUAGAAUAAUUCCUUCUAUUCUUACUCAUCUUCAGACAUUACUGUUAUAUUUGUACCUUAAUUCUGCAGGAGAGGACAGAUCUCUUUCUGCUUGCACCUACUGCUGCAUCCCAGGAAUGAUGAUUUUUCCUUCCUUUUAACUCACCUCAGUGAUUAACUCAAAUACCUGACAGCAUUCCAUUUACUGGCCAUCUGAGGCAAGUUCCCACUCAAAAAGCUAACUCAUGACUCACUUUAGAGUGCCUGGUAAGAUGCAUGAGGAUGGGGUGGUAUUUGAAGCUCGGCAGCUGGAGGUAUAUCAUAAAGCCAUAACCCAAAAGACUUA